UCGUAUUUCGUCCUAUCCGUCGUGAAUACCUAUGUUGGAAAAUGUCGAAAAUUUUGUUUCAAUCAAUAGAUACGCAUAAAUGAAUACCUUUUUAAAAUCUAUAGUGAUUCAAUGUGCCUAAUUAAUUUAAUUUUCAUUUCUAAUAACUCACUGUGACGAAUAAAACUGUGUUACAAGGAUAGUUCGAAAAAUGUUAUUGUGUGCUAAGUUUCAUAAUGGCGGCCCGUCGCGUCCCCCGCGCCUCCAUUUCGUUGACAGUCAAAUUAUGACAAUGCCGAUACGUAGAAAUCAAAAACUGUGUGUAAACUUAUAAAUAGUUUUAAGGGUUUUAAAAUAGUUAAUAAAAAUGAACCAGGACCACCAUAGUAUCAACGCGGGUGGCGGCCAGCCCCCAGGCAAUACAGAGUCCCAAAAUCAAAGAGUUCAGUCUGCUCAACAGCAGCAACAGAGUAAUCUUACUCCUGCUACAUCUGCUACUGACCUACGGGUCAACUCGGCAGCUGUGAAUGUAGCUUUGUCGAGCGUCGCUAAAUAUUGGGUGUUUACAAAUCUGUUUCCCGGCCCAUUACCACAAGUUUCUGUGUAUGGCCUACCAGCCAAUGCUAGGAUUGAAAAUGGGAAGCCUGUCCAGGAUCUUGGACAAGCACAUGCUAGUAUACUGAACGGAGAUCCUAAUAUAAUAUUAGGUCAUCACUCAGGCCAGCCACAGGUCACAGUGUCUGCUGGUGGUCAACAGAUUCCCAUAUCUCAAAUAAUAACAACUCAAUCAGGACAAGGACAUGAAGCUCUUGUGGCACAUAAUCAGCAACAAGAGCUCACAGCACAGCAAGCCGCAGCUGGAGCUUCACAGGUGUCGGUUGGUUCAGGGCAGGCUUCUCACCAGCAGGUACCCAAUAAUCGGGUCGAGUUUGUUCAACACCAUAACAUUGAUAUGCAACACCUACUUCAACAACAGUUGAUGGCUGCCCGGCCUGAGCAUGCCAACCAACAGAUUCAACUGACAGUAAGCGAAGAUGGUAUUGUUACUGUGGUGGAGCCAGGGGGCGGCAAGCUUGUGGACAAGGAUGAACUACACGAAACUAUCAAGAUGCCAACCGACCACACCCUCACUGUGCACCAGUUGCAACAGAUUGUUGGACAUCAUCAGGUAAUAGAUAGUGUGGUUCGCAUUGAGCAAGCUACCGGCGAACCAGCAAAUAUAUUAGUCACACAAAAUCCUGACGGAACAACAUCUAUAGAAACAAGUGCAGCAGAUCCCUUGUUGGUUAAAGAUGAAAAGAAUGUCGGUAAAAUUGAGGCGGCGCAGUUUGCUGCACCCACUGAAAUAAAAGAUAUCAAAGGGAUUGAUUUGAAGAGUGUUGGUGCAAUGGGCAUGGAAGGCGCUGUGGUGAAGAUAUCUGCAGCGGCGUCAGACCACGACUUGCACGCAAUGUACAAAGUUAAUGUUGAGGAUUUGUCUCAGCUUCUCGCAUAUCAUGAGGUUUUCGGGAAACUCAACUCGGAGGCGCAACAACCGCAACAGCAGCAACCGCAGCAACAAACGCAAGAGUCUAAGCCUGUAUUAUACGAAGUGGAGAUAGAAGCGGGAACUAGUGCAACCAUGUCAGAAGCCGAGGCCUCUCCUGGUCAUCAUUCCUGUGAUAUUUGUGGAAAAAUAUUCCAAUUUAGAUAUCAACUUAUUGUUCACAGGCGAUAUCACGGAGAAAAUAAACCAUACACAUGUCAAGUAUGUGGAAAUGCCUUCUCCAAUCCCACAGAACUAUCAAAACAUGGCAAAUGUCAUUUAGCUGGCGACCUUGCCGAGAGACAAGCGAAACGUCUCUCCCAAGACAAGCCAUAUGCUUGCUCCACAUGUCACAAGACAUUCUGGCGUAAGGAGCACCUCGAUAACCAUGUACGGACGCACACUGGAGAGACACCUUACAGAUGUCAAUACUGUUCAAAAACAUUUACGCGCAAAGAGCACAUGGUGAAUCACGUACGAAAGCACACGGGCGAAACUCCGCAUCGCUGCGAAAUUUGCAAGAAGAGCUUCACAAGGAAGGAGCAUUUUAUGAACCACGUCAUGUGGCAUACUGGUGAAACGCCGCACCAUUGUCAAAUAUGCGGCAAGAAGUAUACUAGGAAGGAGCAUUUAGUGAACCAUAUGCGCUCGCAUACUAACGACACGCCGUUCCGAUGCGAAGUGUGCGGCAAGUCGUUCACGAGAAAGGAACACUUCACCAAUCACAUAUUGUGGCACUCCGGUGAAACCCCGCACCGCUGCGACUUCUGCUCAAAGACGUUUACGCGCAAGGAGCAUCUAUUGAACCACGUGCGCCAGCACACGGGCGAGUCGCCGCACCGCUGCAACUUCUGCUCGAAGUCGUUCACGCGCCGCGAACACCUCGUCAACCACGUGCGUCAGCACACGGGCGAGACGCCCUUCCAGUGCGGCUACUGUCCCAAAGCCUUCACCAGGAAGGAUCAUUUAGUGAACCACGUCCGGCAGCACACGGGCGAGUCUCCGCACAAAUGUUCUUUCUGCACGAAGUCGUUUACGCGCAAAGAGCACUUGACGAAUCACGUGCGACAACACACGGGCGAAUCCCCGCACCGGUGUACAUACUGUGCUAAAUCCUUCACCAGAAAAGAACACCUCACUAAUCAUAUCAGACAGCAUACAGGGGAGGCUCCAUACAAGUGUACGCUAUGUCCCCGCGCGUUCGUGCGGAAGGAACACCUUAAAACGCACGUGCGCACGCACACGGGCGAGUCGCCGCACGCCUGCACGUACUGCAACAAGACCUUCACGCGCAAGGAGCACCUCAACAACCACGUGAGACAACACACGGGCGAGACGCCGUUCAAGUGCACGUACUGCGUGAAGUCGUUCUCGCGCAAGGAGCACCUCACGAACCACAUGCACCUGCACACGGGCGAGACGCCGCACAAGUGCCCCUUCUGCACCAAAACCUUCUCGAGGAAGGAGCAUCUGACCAAUCACGUUCGAAUACACACUGGCGAAUCACCACACUGGUGUCAGUUCUGCAAAAAGACGUUUACGCGCAAAGAGCAUCUCACGAAUCACAUGAAGCAGCACACCGGAGACUCGUCGCACGCUUGCAAGAUUUGCUCUAAACCCUUCACGAGGAAGGAACACCUCGUCACGCAUAUGAGGUCUCACAGUUGUGGCGAGCGACCAUAUAGCUGUGGAGAAUGCGGCAAAUCAUUCCCGUUAAAAGGAAACCUCCUCUUCCAUGAGCGAUCACAUAAUAAAGGAGCAAAUUCUAAAGUAUUCAAAUGUGAAGUUUGUUCAAAGGAUUUUAUGUGUAAAUCACACUUAGUAACACAUCGUCGGUCGCACGCCGCCACAGCAGAAAAUAAUGCAACAGCUGAACCUCCAGUAGAAAUCGAAGACUGUACAAAUGAGUGCAAUAAAUGUGAUGGUAAAGACCCACUCGACGUGGAUAGAAAGCCUGAUAUAAGAGCAUCAUCGGAAAGCAGAUCAACUGAAAAUACGGCUACUCAAGCUCAAACCAACACUGUGAUGCAAAUUACAACACAGGAAAAUGUUUUCAGCAAGUGCAAUCAACAGCAGCAACAAGCGCAACCAACGUCACUGCUGGCACUUUUACUGCAACACAGCACCACGCCGGCGCUGCGAUAGCGCACCACCCGGUCACCGUGAACUACUAGCAGGAGGAAAUCGACUGACCGACGGGUCAGAACGAACUGCUGCUAUUUAUGCCGACGUGAUGACGGCCAUGUCUGCAAGAUCCUGUGUAUAGUUGACACUGAAACAAGAAGGCGCUACGGAUGCAAAUGAUGAGCCAAUCGGAGCACUUCCCUAGUUGCUAUGGUUACCAUCGUCUCGCGCCCCCAAAUUUUUAAAUGGAGCGUGCUGACGUGAUACGACCAUGUGUACAAGUUCCUCUCCACAGUUGACAUUGAAACAAGAUGGCGCUGCGGAUUCAAUCGAUGAGCCAAUCGGAGCGCUUCCCUCGUUGCUAUGGUUACCAUCAACUCGCGCCUCCAACUUGUCAAUGGAAAUCUAGUUCCGCACAGCAAUAAAUCACCGAGCGAGUAAAUGAUCUUCCAAUAGAAUCUAUAGACAUUUUACUGAGUAGUAUCCUGUUUUUAGAAUGCAGUGUUAAACUGAACUAUCAAAAUGCAAAAUACUAUUACACUUCAUAUUGCUUUAGUCAACUCCCAUUAAUUUUAAGUGAAGUAACAAAAUAUCAACAGUGAAAUUGGACAAUAAAAUGUGAUGUGACUUGGACAGCAUAAGUGGAUCACAAAUCAAGAAAAUCAAGAUCAAUAUCAAGAAUUGUGCAGUUUAUUAUAAAAAGCUGAAUGCAAUAUCGUAUUGUAUUGUGAAGUCUUUGUACAGUUCCUUUUAAUGUACAUACUUAUCAUGUAUUAAAUUUUUAUAAUUAUAUUAAAUGUAAAAAAUAUGAUCAUUUCAAUAAAAAAAAAUAUUUUUCGUAAUUAUGGAAUUUGCCAUUUUUUGCUACAUUGGCUUAAAAAUUCUUGUUAAAUGUUGAUGAACAUUAAUGUUCUUGUGAUAUAAUUUCAAGUCCCAUUUUACUUAAAUCUAUGUAUAGAUAUAAUUGUGAUUUAAAAAAGGUUUUUUUUUUUAAUCUUAUAUGAUUAUAUAAUUCAGAUCCAGCACCAUUUAGUCUGGUGGUACAUAUAUAGUCACGGGUUACCAGGUUAUAUUUUUUUAAUCAUAUAAAAUGAACCCAUUCUAGUAUUAUCUGUUUUAAUUGCUGUGGUAUUUCAUGUUAAAGAUGUCCUCUCCUUUUUAUAUAAUAUCAUAAAUGUACAUUCCUUUUUUGAUCAUGUACUAACAAUAUUCACAAUGGAGAUUUUUUUCCAUUUUUUAAAUAUAUUUUUUUUAACACGGUGGUUGUAUUCAAAAAUUUAUAUUGGCUAACACCAUGGGACCACAUGAAGCAAUGUUGAUUCUAAAAUACGAAAACAAUAUUUAUAUGGACAUCUUGACAUAUUAAGUUGAACAUGUUUGCCAUUCUUGUACAGUACAAUGUGUGAUAACAAUGUAGUUCUUAAUUACAAUUAUUUUACAAUUUACGGGCGGCUAGUUUGCAUAGCUUAGUCGACGCGCCAAGUGAAAGUGGUGUUAUAAUCACUUCAUUCUUUUUAUCAGCUUAAAGGACUUGUAUGUAUAUGUAAAUAUUUAGAAGUAAUUUAUGAUCAUGAUAGAGACGUAAGUUGUAAUAAAAUAUUAUAUCUCCGUGUUAUUUGGCUGAGUUUUAAACCUUAUGUUAUGUAAAGUAAUAGGAUUAACGAUUCAGAAUCGUCAUGUACUCUAUGAUUUCCUUUCAUAUAAGGUGCGAUGAAUCAUUGAGAUAAUAUUUGUUUCAAAAGAAAGCGA